AUGAGGUCGACAACAUUAAUUAUCCUGGCGGCUUCACUCUUGUCCGCAGAGGGAGUUGUGCUCAGGAAGAGUGAGAGCAGUGCACCAAAGGUGGUUGGGUUGGACCUGCACCGAGCGACAAUACCGUACACACGCAACAGGAGAGACAUGUUGCGCAAGAGAGGUUCUGUACAGGCGACUUUGGACAACUUGGAAACUUUGUACUUUGUUAAUGGCUCUCUCGGAACACCAGCACAGCCUAUGCGACUUCACCUCGACACAGGCAGCAGUGAUCUCUGGGUUAACACAGCGAGCUCGGCUCUUUGCCAAGGCCAAGGCAAACCAUGCUCCGUAUCCGGCACGUACUCUGCCAACGACUCGUCGACCUACAAUUACGUCGGAAGCUGGUUCAACAUUAGCUAUGUCGACGGCUCGGGCGCAACCGGAGACUACGUGACGGACACAUUCACCAUUGGCGGAUCUACUUUGACCGACUUCCAGUUUGGUGUCGGUUACACGAGUUCGUCGGCUCAGGGUAUUCUGGGAGUGGGCUACAAGGUCAACGAAGUGCAAGUCGGGCGAGCGGGACUGGCCCCCUACGACAACCUCCCCGCCAAGAUGGUUUCUCAGGGUCUCAUCCAAUCUAGCGCCUUCAGUUUGUGGUUGAACGACCUGGACGCGAGCAAGGGAAGCGUUCUCUUUGGCGGCGUCGACACCGACCACUUCGAAGGCGAGCUCAAGACCGUGCCCAUCCAGAAGGAGGCUGGCAACUACGCCGAGUUUCUCAUCACCCUGACAAAGGUCACACUCGGCUCAAAGACGUUGGGCAAAAACAUGGCCCUGGCCGUCCUGCUCGAUUCGGGAUCCAGUCUCACGUACCUCCCCGACGACAUGGUCACGACAAUCUAUUCGAUGGUAGGCGCAGUGUACCAGCAAGAGGAGGGCGUGGCCAUGAUCCCUUGUUCCACGGCCAACUCGGGCACCAAUAUGACCUUCACCUUCUCGGACCCGGCCAUCACGAUACCCAUGAACGAGCUGGUGCUCGACCUCGUCGCCGUCACCGGCAAGCGCACGUCCUUCUCUGACGGCGCCGAGGCCUGUCUCUUCGGCAUCGCCCCCGCAGGCGACGGCACCAACGUCCUCGGCGACACGUUCCUGCGCUCGGCGUAUGUGGUCUACGACAUUGACAACAACGAGGUCUCCUUGGCGCAGACAAAGUUCAACGCCACGAGCACAAAUAUCAUCGAGAUUGGCAAGGGCAGCGGCGCCGUGCCGUCUGCCGUUGCUGCCGCGAACCCCGUGUCCGCCACGGACGGCCUCGUCCGCGGUGGCGGUGGCAAGAAUGCCGCGCCGUCGUUGGCGCCACUGGCAGCAUCCAUAUUUGCGGGCUUCGUUGCCUUUACGACGGGGUUCUCGCUCUUCGUUUUCUAA